CUCCCCUUUUCUUUUUUUUUUACUUGUGGCAGAAGUGCGGAUGUGAGUUGCAUAUUGAUACGGAGCAGGCCGCCACUUUUCUCGCUGUUCGAUAUAUAUAUUUAGUGUUUAGCCAUGCGUGCACACGGGCGAUGAUCAUUCUGUGGAGCCAUGAAUCCAGAGGAGCAGACGGUAACGUGGUUGAUCUCGCUGGGAGUGCUCAGCUCGCCCAAAAAGAACAUAGCGGACCCGGAGGAGUUUCUGAAAAGCUCGCUGAGGGAUGGGGUCGUCCUGUGCAAGCUCACCGAGCGGCUCGUACCUGGCUUCACGCCCAAGUACUGCCAGGAUCCGAGAACUGAAGCCGACUGCAUUUCCAACAUCAGGGAGUUUCUCAGAGGAUGCUCGUCCUUGAAAGUGGAGGGGUUUGAACCAGAGUGGUUAUACACCGGCGAGAACUUUGGCAAAGUACUGACCACUUUGCUGGCAGUCAACUUUGCCACACAAGACUGCGCCGCAGAGAGGUCAUGUCCGCAGUCCGGCGCCCAUUCUCCUAGUCAGUCGACGUCUUCACACACACUCUCCUCUGCCAAAUCCAAAGGCUCCCUGCGCAGACAAUCCAAAUCAGUGGAGAUGUCCGAGAACGGCGGAGGCGGGACGCAGAUGGUGAAGGCCCGCUUCAACUUCAAACAGAACAACGAGGAUGAGCUGUCGUUCAAUAAAGGUGAAAUGAUCCUGGUGUCGCGGCAGGAGGACGGAGGAUGGUGGGAGGGCUCACUCAACGGCAGGACGGGCUGGUUCCCCAGUAACUACGUCCGGGAGAUCAAACCCUGCGAGAAGCCGGUGUCUCCCAAAGGAACUCAGCUGACUAAGAACUACUACAGUGUGGUGGUACAAGACAUCCUGGAACAUGAGCGAGAGUUUGUGAAAGAAUUACAAACUGUGCUGAGUUGUUACCUCCGACCUUUGCAAGCCAGCGAUAAGCUGAGCAAUGCAGACAGCGCCACCUUGUGUGGAAACCUGGAAGAGAUCCUGAACUUCCAGCAGGGACUGUGUGUGUCUCUGGAGGACUGCACCAAAGUCCCAGAGGGCCAGCAGCGAGUGGCGGGCUGCUAUUUAAACCUGAUGAGUCAGAUCAAGACUCUGUACAUGGCUUACUGCUCCAGCCACCCAUCAGCUGUGUGCAUCCUGACGGACCACAGUGAAGAACUAGACAAGUUCAUGGAGAGCCAGGGAGCAACUGCUCCGGGGAUCCUGACCCUGACCUCCAGCCUCAGUAAGCCCUUCAUGAGGCUCGACAAGUACCCGACCCUGCUGCAGGAGCUGGAGAGACACGUGGAGGAAGCCCACCCAGACUACACCGACAUCGUAAAGGCAACGGCAGUAUUCAGGAGCCUCGUGACGCAGUGCCAGGAGCUGCGGAAGCGCAAGAACCUGGAGCUCCAGAUCUUGUCAGAGCCUGUGCGGGGCUGGGAGGGAGACGCCAUGAAGAGCCUGGGCCACGUAGUCUACAUGUCCCAGGUCCAUGUGAAAAAUGGGUCCAGUGAGGAGAAAGAGGAGCGCUAUUUAAUGCUUUUUCCUAAUAUGUUGGUCAUGCUCUCCGCCAGUCCCCGAAUGAGUGGAUUUAUUUAUCAGGGAAAGCUGCCGCUGACGGGCACCACAGUGACGAGACAUGCAGAGGAUGCCGACAGUGCUCACUUUGCCUUUGACAUCACAGGAAGCAUGAUUGAUCGAAUGACAGUGCUCUGCAGUAGUCCCCAGGAGUUGCAGGAGUGGCUGGAGCACCUUCAGCCCUUCACCAAAGGUGGCAGCCCUGCAGGCACCAUUGCAAAGACUGUAGAGGGAAAGCCACUGAGCAUGGUCGGAACCCCAACUCACCUGUCCCACCUGGGCAGCCUCAGCGCCAUCAGUCGUGGCCCCCUGGAACCACCAAAGAUCAGCAAACCGUGGUCGCUCAGCUGCCUUCGCCCCGCGCCCCCCCUCAAACCCUCCGCUGCACUGGGCUACAAAGAGAGGAUGUCUUAUAUCAUGAAGGACUCCAGCAAGAGCCCGCGACCCAUGAAGAAGUUCCUGCCAGGCAACAGGAAGAAGGAGCGGAAGCCCUCAGAUGACGAGGUUCAAAUCAGGAAAAGCACGGCCGCUCUGGAGGAGGAUGCUCAGAUCUUGAGGGUGAUUGAGGCGUAUUGCACAGGAGCGAGCCUGCACCAGACCACCACAGCGGUGCGGAAAGAGUGCAUCCCUCAGGUGCUCCUACCAGAGGAAGAGAAGAUCAUUGUGGAGGAGAUGAAGAGCAACGGGCAGACAGUCAUUGAGGAAAAGAGCCUGGUUGAUGCCGUGUAUGCUUUAAAGGACGAGGUUCAUGAACUGAAAAAGGAGAAUAAGUGGAUGAAGCAGUUUCUGGAGGAGGAGCAGAAGUCUCGCAAGGAGCUGGAGCGAGUUGUCCGAAAACUGGCUAAAACUGGCCAGAAGAAUGAUUGUACUUGGGAUGACGGCGGCCACUGAACGCAUCCCUCUGAUCAUCCUCAUUCGUGUGUGUGUGUGUGUGUGUGUGUGUGUGUGUGUGUGUGUGUGUGUGUGUGUGUGUGUGUGUGUGUGUGUGUGUGUGUGUGUGUGUGUGUGUGUGUGUGUGUGUGUGUGUGUGUGUGUGUGUGUGUGUGGGUCUGUGGGUACCUUUUACUGUGUGUGAGCAUGCUUGCAGAGGGACAGGAAGGUGUGCGUGUAUAUUUGUGUAUCUGUCUAUGUUGCGUCUCCGUAUUUCAAUCACACCACAGCAGAGUUGGACUCCCUCUCUGACGAUGACUCUUGGAGACUCUUGGCUUAAUUUGACGUCAUGGUGAAAUCCGUCUUCCUCAUCCAGACCCACUGGAUGAGAGAUACAAGUCCGCUUCCUCCCGAAGCAGAUCAGCUAAACCAAGACUGGUAAAAUGGGAUGUUACAAACAUACCUCCUCUCGGCUACUGGCACUGUGAACCUGCCCCAGCAAAUAGAACAAUUUUGGACGAGGACAAAACAAGUUCUCUGCUGCUUCUCUUGCUUCAGUUGGCAGUAGAGUUCUAAGCCAUCAAGUCCAAUAGGUUUUCUCUUGCAUGCACUUCAGUUACCUAGGGGACUUUUUUCUUCUGUUCGCAUCUUGAUGUUUUUUUGUCUUUGUAUUUUUAUUUGUCACAAGGACCGACCGUGGGGAAAUCGAUUGACCUUUCAUGAGUGUGUGUAAUUGGCGUUUCUGUAACAUUUCAGUCAUUCACAUUACAAAUUUCCUGCCGGUUGUUGUGGCCGUUUCAAACAAAUCAACCAGGUUCAGCUCAUCGUCUUAAAUUCAGUUGUUGCCCAUGACUGUUGAUUUACAAACUGCAUGAAUGUACAGUGUUUCUGCAGAAUCCUGCAUCAGAAAUGUGACAAGAUUUUCAGAUAUUUAGUCCAAAGCUAUCAGGGAUGCAGCUGCAGUAAAAUAGUAAAGGCUUAACUAUCAUUUAUUAUACAAGAGCAAAUAAUGACUUUGAUGUCUCCCCUACUCUUCUUACUAAAAUAUAUUCAAUCAUUUUACUCAUUGGCAUAGCCUGGCUUUAUUUUGGAUUUUUAAAAAGUAUUCUUUAUUUAUUGCUCACCCAAGCAUUAAAUUGUGGUGUUAGCCUUGUUGAUAUAGUUUUGCUGCCUUUUACAUCUGUUUGGAUUUUUGUUUUUUAAUCAAACCAAACUGAUGGAUAAAGGCAGAACAUAUGUCCUUGUUUUGGCCAAGGGAAAAGAGGACGGGGGUUUUUCAUUACAAAAGAGGAAACAUGUUAAUGAAUGAGUCUGCUGGACAAUUCAAAGGUUUUUUGUUCAGUCUCAUACAGAACUGACAGAGACAGACUGAGGAAAUAAACCCAGUGAGAUUCAUUUGAUGGUGUAGAGUAGAGCUGAACUGUCUAAGUGCCUCCCAAAGGGGUCGUUAAACUUAUAACCGAGUUUAACACCAGACUGGGACUAAAUGCAUGAUUUAUAUUGAAAGUGUCAGAGAUGGAUCAUUGUAAUAUUUGAAUGAGAAUGGCUCAAACUCAAUGGGCGUAUAUGGGGUCUGAAAUAUGAACGGGGCUCAGCAUGUGAUUUAAGAUGCAGCCUCUCAGUGGGGACUCUCGGCGGUACAUUUCCUCAUGCGGUUGAGCACUGUCAACACUGUUAUCUAUUCUUGCAGCGCUGCAGAGCAGCAGUGGAUGCUAUUGAAAUGCAAUAAGUGACUGCUUUACUGAUUUGACCUCUGGGUCAGUCCCAGCGCCAUGGACCAGAUUUGGAGAAAUUGCAAUAAUGAAUGAAUUAACCCAGUUUAUUAACCAAAAAAAUAGGACCACAGAAUGUGGCUCAGUUAGCUUGUUUAUUACGUUCAAUUUGCCUUUAUUUAAUCAAGUCCUCUUGGUUGGUGUUGAUUGUUUAAAGAUCGCUGACCAGGUCCCAGUUUUCAUUACAAGUCAUAUAAAAUGUUAUAAUAUUGUUAUACUGUACAAUCCAUGUUGGGAAUCGCUGUUUUUGCAUGCACCUCUUUACAGGGAGGUCAGGGCACCGUGUAGGGUACAAGGCAGCACUGGUACAUCUCUAGCAGAGUCGCUGUCUUGCUCACGGGCACGAAAGCAAGGUCGGUUCUUACACAGCUGAAGGGACCGAUUUAAACCGCUGUUCCUAUUCCAACAUGCAGAUUCUCCUCGGCGCUACACAGACUCUGCUGCCUGCACAGAUGUGUGACGGUCUCAUCAUAUCUUUGCUGUUGAGAUUAACAUUGUUGCUCAUUCUGUAUUUUGAAUUGUUUUCAUUGAGUCUAACAUACUGUAGUUUUCAAUUCCCCAAAGCCUCAUUGAGCACUUACUAGUGGGAAGGGGCUGAACUCCGUUUUUUAUCUUGUUUGAAAUCACAUCUCCAGACCACUGUGUGUAAUGUUUUUGAAAAGUUGUUCUAUGCAAUUAUUGUUGUUGCAAAGUAUUGUUAUUGCUUCUUUUUUUUCUAGACACUCUGUUACUUUAUGUUUGGUAUGGUCAUCCUUUUAUUAAAAGUUUAAUAUAA